AUGACCAUCAAAAGCCUGAGCCAGGGUCAACACCACCGCCCGCGGAUGGCUUUUCUGAAAAAGAUCGAAUCUCUGGUGAUUGAGAUGCAGGAUCCUGAAAAUGGAAUCAAAACUCAAACUCAGAGAGUGAUGAUCGCCACCAUCCCUCACGCCCUGACAGGACAAGACUUGCUGGAGUGGCUGAUUCAACGCUUGCAGAUCGAAGACGAAGAAUGCCAGAAUCUGGGAAAUCUGAUUGUGAACCUUGGGUAUCUCUAUCCCCUGCAAGAGCCCAAGAACCUGAUCCUGAGGCCAGACAGCUCUCUCUACCGCUUCCAGACACCGUAUUUCUGGCCCACACAACAAUGGGCGGCCGAGGACACUAACUACGCAAUUUAUUUGGCAAAGAGAAAUAUCCGUAAGAAAGGCAUGCUGGAGGAGUACGAGAAGGAGAAUUAUAACCUGCUGAACAAAAAGAUCAAUCACAAGUGGGACUUUGUCAUCAUGCAGGCAAAGGAACAGCAUCGGGCAUCCAAAGAACGGAGGAAGACUGAUCGCAUUGUGCUGGAUCGCCAGGAGAAGGCCUAUUGGCAGGUGCACCGACCCCCACCAGGAGCGUUGGAUGUCCUGGACUACGGCAUUAAUCGUGCUACAGACCCGAAUGAAAACAAGGUAGAGCAGAAAAUGACAUACGAUUAUUACAGGAGAGAGAUUAUGUACUAUCAACAGGCCCUUGUGAGAUCGAGAGUGAAGUCUUCCGUCUCGUUGGCAGGGAUUGUGAAAUACAGCGAGCAGUAUUUUACUCAUGACCCGAUCAUGUCAGGAUGCCUUCCCAGCAAUCCUUGGCUCACUGACGAUGUAAUGUUCUGGGAACUUAACAUCCCAAUGAUCGACCAACCGACCAAGCUGCGAGUGGAGCGGUGGACAUUCAGCUUCCCUGAGCUGAUUAGAGACCCCAGAGGCCGCCAGGACUUGCAGCUGUUCCUAAAGAAAGAAUUCAGUGGUGAGAACUUGGCUUUCUGGGAAGCCUGUGAAGAUCUAAAGUACGGAGACCAGUCAAAGGUCAAGGAGAAAGCUGAGGAGAUUUACAAAACUUUCCUGGCGCCUGGAGCCAGACGCUGGAUCAACAUCGAUGGAAAGACCAUGGAGAUCACAGUGAAAGGUCUGCAACACCCACACCGCUAUGUGCUGGAUUCCGCGCAGACUCACAUAUACAUGUUGAUGAAAAAGGACUCAUAUCCUCGCUAUCUGAAAUCUCCCAUUUACAAGGAAACGCAGGCGAAAGCCCUGAUCCCCGAUCAGACAAAGCAAAAAAGCUUCCCGUUCAUGAAGCGACACAGACGCUCCAGCCCCAGCCCUGUGCUCCUGAGGCAGUUGGAGGAGGAGGCCAGAGCAAGAGCGGCAGCCAGCGGCCCCAAGAUCCUCGACAUAACCCAGGUUAUGAGCAAACUGGACCGCAGGAAUCAACUGAAACCGGAGCCUCCCAAAGAGGAGCCUCCAAAACAAUAGGAGUGUCGGAAUUCUCCCCCCGAACAAUCCAGAUCAGGGAUCACAUAAUUAAUACUCAGGGAAACCAUUCAAUACAUCAGUUACAGUGAGAUCUCAUUCAACACAGAUAACUUAGACCUAGUGCUCAAUGUGGGUGUGUGGCUGUGUAUGUACAUCUGCACAAGCAUGUUUUUUUGUGUGUGUGUGUGUAUGUGUGAAUGUUUGAGUCAGCUCUCAGAAAUCCAAGUCACGACCCCUUCACCAAGCGAACCAGUCACGCAUUUCUCUCCAUCUAUGAACACAUAGUGAGGCAGAGGGGGAGGCGGGGAGAGAAGGGCUAUGCUCUUUAUAAAACUGGAUGUUCACUCUUCUGGCUAAUAUGCAUAAUUAAUACAGGGAAAUGUGAUGUGGGUCACACUAACCAGAGGCACAGUGUCAGUGUGCGCUUACCUACCCAAUGUUGUCUGGAACUAAUUAGAGAGAGAGCUUGUGGGAUAAAGUGACAGUAUCUGAAGUGACUGACUGUGUUACAUGCAAACUAUGCAAACACACAACACUGUCGUCUUGGAUCAAUACCGUGACAUUCUGAAAUGUAAAAUAGUCUCAGUGUUGUGUGAAAGUUUAUAUGACCUAAAGUAACCAAGUAUAAAAACUAUUUUCUAUUGCCCGGGCAAAUGAAAGAACUUUAAAAGAAAAUCCCCGUUUAAAACAGUUGUUGUUGUACCUGGGUUUUACAAAGACUCUCAACAUUCACUCUCACUUCUUAAAGGGGAAGUAAAUACUGUUCAAAGUCCAAAUACAGAAAUAAAAUGAUAAAUAGUGAUAUAAACCACUUCUGUCACUAAACUUUGUAGUAAAUCAUCAUGAAACUCUUUGAGGCGCUUUGACGAUUUAAUAAGGCAGUAUAUCAAAUCCAAUUUUUUAAAAACUGUCUCACAACAUAGCAGUCAAAUACAUCUAUUUAUAUAUAAUUUAACAUAGCUUGCAGUUACAAUAAUGUGAAUAAUUAUCAUUUGCGAACCAUAGAGCUAUUUAAACAUCUAUUUAUUUGAUCAGAUCAUUUGUUUUGUUUGUACACUGUUCACUCUGUAUUACUACCAUAUUUGUGUAAAACUAUGCAGAUACCAGGUGUUAUAACACUUAUCAAGUAAUGAUUUUGUAAUCUCUGGUUUGCAGUUUUCUGUGUGCUGUAGUCAAAUGUGUAAUGUUUUCCAUUCUGCUUAUUCCAAAGCAUUUUUUUGUUAUUUUUACCAACGGUUUAUGUUAGUUGGCUUCCAUUUCUUUGUUAGUAUUGCAUCAUGAGGAGCUGUGCUGUAGCCACAAUCACCUGGACUGAAAACAACCUUUUGCUCACAAAAUACAGUCAAUUCACUUUACAGUAUAUUCUGGGAAGUGCUUGACAAUCCCUUUCAAAUCAUAUGAUUAUGUGGUUGGGGUGGCGGGAGGAACCAAAAAUACAUUCCAUUAGACUGGAACUCUGUGAAGGUGUUAACAGCCAGUUUUCAAAAUGAUGUAUUUUUGUUGCAGUUUCUGUGUCAGUUACUGAUAGCCACACGAAUAAAGUAAGUACAUCGAUCAUUGCA